CAUUUAAUUUAUUCUGGUACAUGUGUAUACACACAAAGAAAACCAAACUUGACGUCCAAGCAACCCAAUAUUUUAUCUAGAAAAUUCAAUAUUGUGUUGUUAAUUCGGUCCAAGGUUACAAGAAAAGUCUGACCCUUCUCUCUCUUUCUUCUCUGGAGAACUCGGCAACCCAAAGAAGUGGUGAACAAGUUAUGCAGUUCCUUCCAAACAUCAAGAACAAGAAGAAUAUUUGGUUAUUGAAAAAGUGCUUCAAAAUAACGAUUUAGUACUUUUCCUUUCUUUCAAUUUUUUUUUUUUUUUUCCCUUAUAUUAUUUUCUAUUUCUUUCUCACUGUUGUUAGCUAGAAUUGUAUUGAGUUAGAAGAGAAGUAGAAUUACAAGAGGGAUGACAUGGUGCAAUGAGUCUCGCGACGACCACGAAACAGCCAUCCAAACAAUCUCACCUAAUUCUUCCAAACAACAAAGAUUUAUGAUUAAUUCUCAAGUGGCUGAUGAAACUCGUACCAUAACAUGCCCUUCAUGUGGUCGUAACAUAGAAUUACAUGAUCAGGCGGGAAUUCACGACUUGCCGGGGUUACCAGCCGGAGUGAGGUUCGAUCCCUCUGACCAGGAAAUUCUUCAACAUUUAGAGGCAAAGGUGUUCAGUGAUACCCAUAAGAUUCAUCCUCUUAUUGAUGAAUUUAUUACUACUCUUGAGGGAGAGAAUGGAAUUUGCUACACACACCCUGAGAAGCUACCAGGUGUAAGCAAAGAUGGCCAAAUCCGCCACUUCUUUCACCGGCCUUCAAAGGCGUACACCACUGGGACUAGAAAACGAAGAAAGGUGCAGACGGAUGCUGAUGGUGGCGAGACAAGAUGGCACAAAACGGGCAAGACUAGACCAGUCAUCAUCGGCGGCUUGGUGAAAGGUUUCAAAAAGAUACUAGUGCUCUACACCAACUAUGGAAGGCAAAGAAAGCCGGAGAAGACGAAUUGGGUAAUGCACCAAUACCAUCUUGGUGACAAUGAGGAAGAGAAAGAUGGAGAAGUCGUGGUUUCGAAAGUUUUCUACCAAACACAGCCUAGACAAUGCAAUACUUCAAGUCCUAAAGAAUCAUCACCACUAGACAAGAAAUCAAAGAGAACAAGUACUAUUGGUCAUGAUCAUAGUCCAAUCAUCAAGAACACUGCAGGGUUCAUUGAGUAUUAUAAUCCACAAUCUUUUAUAUCUUCUUAUGAGAUUGGGAGGCAAAACAAAGAAAGCACAACAGCUCAGCUAAUUCCAAAUUUGGUUGUUCAAGGUGAUGGGUCUUCCUUCAUUCAUCUACCUAACCAAUACAACAAGCAAGGUAAAACUUAAUUAAGUAUAUGUGGAUCGAGGAGCAUUUAGUAGGGGCAAGAAUGUCAACGUUUUAAUCAUUUGGUGGUUGUUUAAGUGUAAUACUCAAAUAAGUUAAGAUUGAGAUUUAGUGAGGAUGGUUUAUUUCUUCAAGUAUAGAGACAAAUGCAUUUGGGUAAUUAUUGAAAGAGAUUGGACAAUGUUGUUGUAGUUUAUAUAUAUUAUUAGGGAGGACAUAGUGGAGGUAUAUGGCACCUAUAUAUAUAUAUAAUUAUACACGUAUGGAAGAGUUAUAUAUUGAUUGUAGAAAUGUACAAACUCUCUUUUGUUUAGAUUUUGUCAUUAUCUGUACUUAAUUUGUUUUUGUGGAAACUCUCUUUUGGCUACUUUUUAUUGAAUGAAUGGAAAA